AUGCAUCCUGAUAGCAAGAUAGCGUCCGUUGACCAACUUGAUCCAAUCAUUUCUGCCGAGAUUCCUGAUAGAGAUGAAGAUCCUGAGUUGUAUAAAUUGGUGGCUGACUACAUGAUUCAUGGACCGUGUGGUGUUCUGAACAUGAAUUCUCCUUGCAUGCUGGACCGUAAAUGUUCAAAAAAAUUUCCCAAGAAGUUCGCCGAAAACACUUGUUUGGACAAAAAAGGAUUUCCAGUUUAUCGUAGAAGAGAUUCUGGCGUAUAUGUUGAAAAAUCGCGUGUCAAGGUUGAUAACCGAUUUGUUGUUCCAUAUAGUAAAUUGCUCUUAAAACGAUACCAGGCUCAUAUUAACGUUGAAUGGUGCAACCAAAUCGGUUCUAUCAAGUAUUUGUUCAAAUACAUUAAUAAAGGUCCAGAUAGAACUACUCUUAGAGUGGUAGAUAGUAACAAUAAUGAUGACCAGGAACCUGUUGUGGAUGAAAUAGAAAAAUAUUAUGAUUGCCGAUACAUCUCUGCAUGCGAAUCUGCAUGGAGAAUUUUUUCAUAUGACAUUCAUUAUCGAUAUCCUUCAGUAAUGCGUCUGCCUUUUCAUCUUCCCGGUCAACAAAACAUAGUUUAUGGUGCAGAUGAUGACAUUGACGAUGUUCUUAGAAAACCAUCUGUUGCUUCAACCAUCUUCUUAUCUUGGAUGAAGUGUAACGAACGAUUACCUCAGGCACGUCAACUUACUUAUGUUGAAUUUCCAUCAAAGUUUGUUUUUAAAACGAGUUCUCGAAGUUGGGAAAUAAGGAAACGAUAUUCUUCAAUCGGUAGGAUUCAUUAUGUCUUCCCUUCAGCCGGUGAAGCUUAUUAUCUAAGAAUAUUGUUGAACAAAGUAAAGGGACCAAAAUCAUUUGAAGAUAUUCGGACUGUAAACGGUCGAUUAUAUCCUACGUUUAGAGAUGCAUGCUAUGCUUAUGGGCUUUUGGAUGAUGACAACGAGUAUGUUGAAGCGAUUAAAGAAGCAAACGUUUAUGGCACUGCUUCUUAUCUACGAACUUUAUUUGGAACAAUGUUGAUGUCUGAUUUAAAUUACUCUGACGCUCGGAUUAAGAAUUUUGCGUUGUUAGAAGUUGAGAAAUUCUUACUUCGUAACAACUCCUCGCUGAGAAACUUUGCAACAAUGCCGUAUCCAGACGGCGGAUCUAUUUCUUCAGCUAAUAAUCAUUUGAUUCACGAAGAGCUAUCUUACGACAAUGCUACUCUGGAAGAUGAGUUACGAGGUAGAAAAGCACAUUCUAGAUUUGCCAUUCCUUUGAAUUUAAAUGAAGAUUCUGUUUGCCGCGUGAAACCUGAUACCGAAAUUGCUCAUCUUUUAAAAAAAACUCAGCUUAUUAUUUGGGAUGAAGCUCCAAUGAUUCACAAACAUGCAUUUGAAGCUUUGGAUAGAACCUUAAAAGACAUACUUAUGUCUGAUUCUUCAGAGAACGUAUCUUUACCAUUCGGAGGAAAGGUAAUUGUUUUUGGCGGUGACUUUAGCCAGAUUCUUCCAAGUGUUCCUAAUGGUUCUAGAUAA